AUACCGGGGGCACGCCGUGUCGUCACGGCAGCGAGCCCGGCGCGCCGAGCGCUGCAGCGGAGCCGCGGAGCCGCCGCGAUGUCCCUCUCCAACCAGCAGCCCGAGUACAGCCCGCUGGGCAAGGGCAAGAGCCCCGAGAGCUUCCCGGCCGCCUUCCACCGCAUGGAGUCCCCGAAGGACUUCGGCAAAACCGAAUUCGAGUGGCAGAGGACCGAGGGGAAGCUUAACGAGAUUGGCUUGAACGUGAACUCGGGGGGACCGAUUAAGGAUGGGCUCGUUAAGAACGCCGGUUUCACGGAUGAGGACAAGCUCUGCUUCUUCGAGGGAAAGCUGGACAAAGAGCUAAAAAUAGCUCAGAAAGACAAAAGAGAAUUUGAGGUGCCCGGCAAGAAAUACCAGGCGGCUGCAGGUCACCUUGAGAGCUGGUCCCUGAUUUCGGAAACCUAUCCUUCUGCUGAAGGCAACUUCGGGAACCCUAAAGCCACCGAUUUCCGCGUGGGACAGGCGGCAGCCGAAAAAGCCGCUCCCGGGCUGGGUAAAAAUGAAGCCAUCACCGACCAGGAGAAAGCCGUGGGUAAGGCUGGGAUGGAGACCAAGUGCCAGCCGGAGCCGAAGCUGCCCCAUCUCUCCAUGCCAGAGAGCGAUGCCGGCAAAUACAUGAAGGAGCAGGAAAUCAGCGUCUGGAACCCCAAUUUCCAGCCCAUCCUGCCGAACGACUCGGGGUCUAAAGAAGCGGCCGUGAAAAAAGAUGGAGCCCCCGGCUAUUGUGUCCUGGGGGUGCUUAACGAGAGCUCCGGGCAGAGCGGGCUCCGUUCCCCCGCUCCCGCGGCCAAAGCCGCCCCUCCGACCACCACCGUGGAGCUGGCCCAGGACGAGUCCAAAAGCAGCGACCUGAGCGAGAGCCCCGAGCUGGAGGAGGAGAUGGAGGAGCAGCUGGGCUCUGAGGGCAGUUUGCUGGCCAGGGCUGCCCACCAGAGGAAGGCGAUGAGGCGUGCGAUGUCAGAGUGCUCUCACUUGUCGGUGCCCCUAACCCUUAACCUGGCCGAUAAAUACCCUGAGCCGGUGCUUAGAGAAGACGUCGCCACUGGGCUGCUCUCUCCUAAUAGCAGCCUGACCCAGAGCCGCAGCCCCACGGCCGCCAAGCCGAGCUCCCCGAUGAAGCGCUCGCUGACGGUGGCGGAGGAGCAGGCGGCGCUGGGCGGCCCCGCGGCCCCGCCGAGCCCCGGCCCCGGCGCGCAGCCCCCGGCCCCGGCGCGGGAGGAGCCGGCCGCCAAGAAGCGAGAGGAGUGGAACGGCAGCAACUCGCUCAAGAGAGAGCUGGGCAGCCCGAGCGCCUUCCACAGCAAGCUGGAGCAGAUCCCCGAGCUCGGCAGCCAGGACAAAGAGCGGCAGGAGGCGGCGGCCAAGAGGGACAAGAGGGACGGCGGCGAUGGAGCGCCGGGGCUCGAUGCUCCCAAAGGCAAAGGCGCCGAGCCGGAGCCCGGCAAAGCGGCUCCUCUGGAGAGGAAAGAAAUCGAGGUCAGCAAUGUGCAGAGCUCUCCGUCUCCCAAGCAAGGAGAUCUACCACGUGAUGGCAAGGCAGAGGAGCCCAAAGCAGCCGAGGCCGUGAGUGGGAACGACAUCUCAGCUCCCCCCAACAAGGAGCUGCCCCCCAGCCCCGAGAAGAAGACCAAGCCUGCUGCAUCCUCCUCCUCUGCCAAGGCGGCGGCAGCCAAGGCCAAGCCCUCGGGCAGCACCAGCCCCAAGCGGCCCAGCUCGGCCACCCCGGGCACAAACAAAAAGCCCACGAGCCCGAGUGCAGCUCCUGCUCCAGGCAGCGCCUCCAAACGCCCCGGCACCAGCAGCACCCGUCCCUCCACCCUCACUCCAAAAGAGACUAAACCAAAGGUCGCGGAUGCGAAGCCCGCGGAGAAGAAAACCUCCCUGUCCAAGCCUCCAUCCUCCACCACCCCCAAAACUCCUUCCAGGAGCUCCUCUGCUGCUCCCCGGACCACGGCGCCGUCCCCGGUGACGGCAGCGGCCGCUGCCAAAACCACGGCGCCCACUCCUCCCAAGAGGCCGACGUCCAUCAAGACGGACGCGAAGCCGGCCGAUGCCAAGAAACCUCCUGCCAAGUCUCCCUCAGGCGAUUCCAGCCGCCCCAAGAGCGCCCCGGGCAGCACCACCAAGAGCAGCGCCACCACUCCUUCCACCGCGGCCUCCAGCGUGCCGGGCACGGCCCCCAGCCGGCCCAAGCCCAAAGCCGCCACCCCCAAAGCCGCCACGGCCUCCACGGUGUCCGCGGACGCCAAGAGAGCCGCGGGCAAGGCCGCAGCGGGCAGCAAAGGCAGCACCGGGCCCGCGGCCCGAGCCCCGCGCCCCGCCAGCGCCGCCGGGCCCGACCUGCGCCACGUCCGCUCCAAGGUGGGCUCCACCGACAACAUCAAACACCAGCCCGGCGGGGGAAAGGGGAAGGUAGAGAAAAGGCCAGAGUCAGCCGGCGCCGCGCCCAGCUCUGAGCCCAGCGCGGGCUCUAAGGUGGCUCCUAAAGUGGCAGCAAAAGAGGGGGUCCCCAAACAGCCCAAUGGGAAAGUCCAGAUAGUCUCCAAAAAAGCGAACUACAGCCAUGUUCAGUCCAAGUGUGGUUCCAAGGACAAUAUUAAGCAUGUCCCUGGAGGUGGGAAUGUGCAGAUCCAGAACAAGAAAGUCGACCUCUCCAAAGUGUCCUCCAAGUGUGGAUCUAAAGCAAAUAUCAAGCAUAAGCCAGGCGGAGGAGACGUCAAAAUCGAGAACCAGAAGCUGAACUUCAAGGAGAAGGCCCAGGCCAAGGUGGGAUCUCUGGACAACGUGGGACACUCACCGGCCGGAGGGGCCGUCAAGGAGGGCGGCGCGGAGCCGGCGCAGCUCCCGGCGGCCAACGGAGCGGGGCCGGAGCCGGGCGCGCUGCCCGCGGCCCCCGCGCUGCGGGAGAACGGCGUGGGGCCGGCCCUGGCCGCCCUCGGCACCGCCGACCAAAGGGAAAUGCAGAGCCUCGACACUCACAUCCAAGAAACAAAUUGAGUCUCACAAGCUGACGUUCCGUGCGAAGGCCAAGGCUCGAACAGACCACGGAGCGGAAAUCGUCGUCUCCAAACCCCCCACCCUUUCCAGCAGCACCUGCCCCCGGCGUAGCACCUCCGCCAGCGACAGCCUGGGCUCCGUCGCCUCCCCGUCACCGUCACCGCCGCCGGCCGCGCCCUCCCAGCAAGGCUUGUGACCCCCGGCCCCGCUCCGCGCCCCGGGGACCCCAGCUUGGCCCUCUUAACCCGGCUCUGCCUUUAGGGGGAAGGGGCCGAUGCUCCUCGGGCCCGCCCGGGCUGGGGUCCCUCGGCGGCCGGGCAGGGCUCCCCUCCCUCCUUCUCCCCCUGUCCUGCCCUCCCGCCGGCCCGGGACUCCCGGGGGUUGCUGCGCCUCGGGGCCGGCCCGAGCGGCUCCGGCUGUGCCAGGGCAGGGCAGAGCAGAGCCCUGGCUCUGGGGCCAGGCCGAGUUAACAGGGAUAAGCUGUGAUCUUUCUUUCUGUCUCUCUUUUUAACCCCUUCCCUCCUCGCCGCUUCAGUUUCUGCCGCCUGUGGGAUGCUGAUAAAUCCCCUCCACACUCGUUAGGCUGUUUUAACUGUUGACUUGAACCUUUUAUUCUUUGUGACGAAGUGUUGAUGAUUUAUCGUGUUCGAAGCCGUGCUAAGUUUCCUUUUCUCUUUCCUUCUUUUCCGACCCGUAGGAGAGUAGGGACAUUUAACCGCUGCUGCCGUGCUGGCUUCUUACUGACAUAUCCAGCCGUUGUAACUUCUUUGUUGUUGUUUGGGGUUUUUUCUUUUUAAUAUUUUAAAACGAUGGAGCGAGUUCAUGGGAUUAAGCCAUGUCCGGAACGAAAGGCACAGGAAUGUGUAAAGGGCGAACUUGCUGUGAGAGCUCAGGUGGAGCCUGUGUUGACCUCGAGAUGUGUAAUUGAUGCUCGAGAUGUGUUAAUUGACGCUCUCGAGCCCUCCGCGGGUGCCUUCUGCCGAGGUGGUUUAUGGUUUAUUUAUUAGCGGCACGGCCGAGCCCCGGGAUUUGUCCCGUUUUCCGGGCCGAGGCCGGAGGGAGCAGGAGGCGGCCGC